AGGCCCCAACCCAAUGCAGGGGAGUCGUCUCAGACAAUGUGCGUGCUGCCCUCCAGCAAAUCUGCCCCGUCACAAUAACAAUUAUUAUCAUCACGAGCAUGAUUACCCAGCGGAUCCAUGCAAGGAGCCUCAACACCACCAACCGUCACGGACUCCACCCUACAAUAGGCUGCAACGUAAAGAUGCUCCCCAUGGGUCUGUGCCUCAGUAUGUGGCCCCUCAGAGAGAUGUGAUGCAUGAAGUCAGUGUGAAUCGCUCCCUCCAGGCUGGUCCAGGACCAGCCACAAGGGAGUUCAAGAAGACCAUCAGUCUGUCUGAGGAGUGUAGGAAUGUUUUCAUCACAUAUUCAGUGGAUACAGCCAAAGAAAUCAUUCCUUUUACCAAAUUUCUGACUGACCAGGGGUUCAAACCAGCAAUUGACAUCUUUGAUAAUCCAAUCCGAAGAAUGGGCAUCAACAAGUGGAUGGACAGAUAUUUGAACGACAAAUCAGUGCUCAUCAUCGUGGUCAUCAGCCCCAAGUACAAGGAGGACGUGGAGGGAGACGGAGAUGACGAUCAUGGUCUGCACACCAAGUACAUUCACAAUCAGAUCCAAAAUGAGUUCAUCCAACAAGGCUGCCUUAACUUCAGACUGGUACCUGUGGUAUUUCCUAAUGCAUCCAAGAGACAUGUCCCCAACUGGCUCCAGAGCACCAGGAUCUACCACUGGCCCCAGGACACCCAGGACCUGCUGCUGCGCCUGCUCAGGGAGGAGCGCUACAUCAUCCCCCAACAAGGGGUUGGGCUCACCCUCACUGUUCGUCCCCUCUGAGAAAAACUAAACAAAGGACUGACAAGUAUGGAACAUAAGCAAUUUAAAAUAAAUGGAUCCUUUUG